AAAUCGGAGUCUGCAAUAGUUAUCUUAAGCUUGCGCUUCAAUACGCAUGAUCUAAUCGCUAUAUCAACAUUGAGAGAUAAACUGUGCUUGUGUUUAAUAUUUGUGGCAUUGUUUUGCAUGUUUAUUUAUCGUUUUUUGCAUAAUGUGAAUGUGAAUUUUAUAUUUCUAGAUAGUAAUGGAGCAGAUAUCAGUCUGUUCUAUGUUUCUGAAAACACAAGUAAUCUAUCUUGUAAAAUGCUUGGACCCAAAAAGUAUACUAUAUGUUUGCAUAAUUGUUUUAGUAACUCUAUGGUUUUACUGGUUGUUUUUUGUACCUUUUGUGUGGAAAAAGUAUUUGGACGAUGUAAGUUACUCCAAAGUGUCCCUAACAGAAGGUUUCUGUCGUAAUGAUCAAAAGCGCGAUGCAAUAAACCGCAUACGAAAAGCGAAAAAAAACAGUUCAAAUGAAAUGCCGCCACCAUUUCCAAACGGUUGGUAUGGUAUUCUAGAAUCAUCGAAACUCCAACCCGGUGACGCAAAGUUUAUAGCAUGUUUGGGAGAGAAACUUGUCGUCUAUCGCACACAUGAGCAUAAGGUUUUCAUUUUGGAUGCAUAUUGUCCGCAUUUAGGAGCCAACUUAGGCAUUGGUGGACGAGUUGUUGGCGAUAACAUUGAAUGCCCAUUUCACCAAUGGAGUUUUCGGGGUGAAGACGGGGGAUGCAAUAAUAUUCCAUAUAGUACUUCGAUUCCUCGAGGUACCAAUGUUAAAAAAUGGAUUUCGCAGGAAGUUAAUGAUUUUAUAUUUAUUUGGUACCAUGCUGAGUCUUCGGAGCCUUGGGAGCUUCCUGUACCUAUGGAAGCUCAGAAAAAAAAUGUUUACCAUGGGCGAAAUGAAUUUUACAUCAAUUGUCAUAUUCAUGAGAUACCAGAAAACGGCGCUGACAUGGCGCACUUUGCCGCUAUUCACAAUGAAAGCUUUCUUGCUGGUAGCUUGGCACCCAGAAUUAGUGUUCUGAGCCGGUUUGGAUGUCAUAAAUGGAAUGCAAGUUGGUUUCCAACAACAGGAAAAGAUAAGCAUAUUGCUGAAAUAGCUCUCACUCACUCCCUAAAAAUAAUUGGAAAGGUUAAUUGCUUUCAGAUGAAAGUCUCCGGGAAACAGAUCGGUCCGUCCUACGUUUACCUAACAAUGAAUUCAUCCAUCUUCGGACAAAUCCAAAUCUUGCAAACGAUAACACCAAUUGAGCCUUUACUGCAAAAAGUGGUCCAUCGAUUUUAUGGACCACGUUGGCUAGGGCCCCUAUUAAAAGUAUUUAUUUACGGAGAAAGUAUAAUGUUUGAACGCGAUAUUAAUAUGUGGAAUCAUAAAGUUUUUCGCCGAAAUCCGAUACUAGCUAAGGAAGACACUUCUAUUAAGCAAUUUCGAGUUUGGUAUUCACAAUUCUAUACAUCCAAUAGCAAACAAUUCUCAGACGUGGCCAACGUAGAUUGGUAAACGUGAAAAGCGAACAUAAAAUUUCAAGCAGUAAAUGUAAACUGAAACAAAAUUGAGAAUUCUAAGGAGACCAUGAAUGACAAUUUUUCUACAGUGUUGUUCGGUCUUUGAAUAAAAUUCAUAGUAAACCUUCUCGUACAUACAUAUAUGUAUGUAUGUAUAUAUGAUGAGAAUUAA